GUGCAUGCAUUGUGUGUGUGUGUGUGUGUGUGUGUGUGUGUGUGUGUGUGUGUGUGUUGAGAUAAGGUAAGGUCCUAUUCUAUAGUCCAGGUUGGCCUCAAAGUCUCAACAAUCUUGCCUCAUCCUCCCUAGUGCUGCGAUGGCAGACGUGUGCCACCUUGCCAAACUUUCAUUUUGUCCUGUUUUCUUAAUAUUUAUGUAUUUAUUUAAUGUAUAUGAGUGACCUGACUUCGGGGACACCAGAAGAGAGAAUCAGAUCCUAUUGUAGAUGGUUGUGAGCAUGUGAUUGCUGGGAACUGAACUUAGAACCUCUUCCCGAGCAACCGGUGCUCUUAACCACUGAGUCUAUUUUAAAUAGGCUAGGGCCCCCUGGAGACUCGACUUGGACUCCAAGGUGUAGCCUUGCCCUUGGGGUGUGUGCUAAGUGAUCCUUUUGUGGGUGCAGAGAGUUCCUAAGUUCUGGGUUUGGCCCCUGUAAGCUCUCCACUUUUAUUCUCAGAGAUGGGGGUCUAUAGUGGUGCUGCCCAGGGUGGCCUUGAACUCCUGGGGUGCAUGAUCUAACUGCCUUAGUCUCCUGAGUAGGUGGGAUCACCAGCUCUCACCACUGAUCCAGCUUUGUCCCACUUUUGCUGAAAGGCCUCUGCGGGGCUGUCAGAUGGGAAGGGGUGAAUAAGAUGUGCCAUUCACUUGAUCUUGGCCUCAUGCCCAGUUUCCGUGGGAGGACACUUUCCUGGUGACUGGUAACCUGGAGAGUGAGGAUGACAUUCUCAUGCCAAGGAUUGCUUGGCUGUUCUUGGAGUUGUCUCCUACCCAGGCAGUUUGGUGGCUCUCCCUGUCACCUCUCUGGUGACACUAGAGACCUAGAGACCACUCAGCCCAGAUGCGGGGGGCUACAACUCCAUUGGUACAGGAAGCUCUGAGCUCCAUCCCAGUACCACAGAGACUGAGUGUGAUGGUGCAGGCCAGUCACCCCAGCACUUGGGAAGCAGAGACCAGAGGAGCAUUCUUGGCCAUGUGGUGAUUUCAAGGCCAGCCUGGGCUAAGACUGUUGGUGACUGCAGAACACACUACUGCUCUGAUCGUCCAACUCUGUCCCUUUCCUUCCUUGCUGCUUUUGUGAAGGAAGUCACCUGGAGGGCCUACUUGGCCUGAGCAUCGCUGGAUCAUUGCUCAUGAGCCCCUUCUCUCCCCAGAGACCAAACAAGUGGUUCCUGUCACCUCUCUGGGUGCCCCUUAGAUGCCAUCCAGCUUAGCCUGACCAAUGUCCACAGCCAGAUCGACCCUACUACCAAGCGGAAUUGGAUCCCGGCUGGCAAGCACGCACUCACUGUGUCCUAUUUCUACGAUGCCACCCGAAAUGUGUACCGCAUCAUCAGCAUCGGGGGUGCCAAGGCUAUCAUCAACAGCACAGUCACCCCCAACAUGACCUUCACCAAAACCUCUCAGAAGUUUGGGCAGUGGGCAGACAGUCGAGCCAACACUGUCUAUGGCCUAGGCUUUGCCUCUGAACAGCAGCUGACCCAGUUUGCUGAGAAGUUUCAGGAGGUCAAAGAAGCUGCCAGACUGGCUCGGGAGAAAUCUCAAGAUGGCGAAUUCACUAGUUCUGCCCUGACCCUUGCCUCUCACCAGGUUCCCCCAAGUCCCUUGGUCAGCACCAACGGUCCAGGAGAGGAGAAGUUGUUCCGCAGCCAGAGUGCAGACGCCCCUGGCCCCACCGAGCGAGAGCGCUUGAAGAAGAUGCUGUCCGAAGGCUCCGUGGGCGAGGUCCAGUGGGAGGCCGAGUUCUUCGCACUACAGGACAGCAACCAGAGGCUGGCAGGGGCCCUACGCGAGGCCAACGCAGCUGCCGCGCAAUGGAGGCAGCAGCUGGAGGCCCAGCGUGCAGAGGCGGAGCGUCUGCGGCAGCGGGUGGCGGAGCUGGAGGCCCAGGCGGCGGCAGAGCCGGUUCCGGUGGGCGAGAAGGAGGUAACCAGCCAAUCCGUGGAGCAACUGGAGGCUCAGGUGCAGACCAAGGACCAGGAGAUCCAGACUUUGAAGAAUCAAAGCUCAGGAACUCGAGAAGCUCCUGACACUACUGAGCGGGAGGAGACACAGCAGAAGGUUCAGGACCUGGAAACACGGAAUGCAGAGCUGGAGCAGCAACUGCGGACCAUGGAGUGCAGCCUGGAGGAGGCUCAGGCAGAGCGCGAGCGCGCGCGGGCAGAGGUGGGCCGGGCUGCGCAGCUCCUGGACAUGCGACUGUUCGAGCUGAGCGAGCUGCGUGAGGGCCUGGCGCGCCUGGCAGAGGUGACACCCUAGUUGGCCCGUGGGUAUGCGGCCCUAAGGUGCCCUGGCAGGGAACCAGGGCCGCCUCUGAGCUUUGCACUGUGUAGCUUUUCUAGAAUUCAUGGGUGGCGCUGAUACCCAGAUUACAUUUCUAUGGGGUUGUACAAGCACGUGGUGUUGUCGCUAGCUGCUGCCGCCCUGCAUCCCAGAGAUGCAAGGGAGGGCCGCGGUGGUCAUCUCCAUGGGGCAAGAGAGACUUUGGGGACCAGAGACCCGCAACCCAACACCCACCCCGCCCCAUUGUCAAGACGGACUGGCAGGUUCAAAGAGUGUUUACUGAGGUCCUCUGUGGCCUACCCAAGGGACCGGUGGCUGCAGGUUUCCGCUCAGGUCUGAGCCUUGUCCCGGGAAGACACCGGAAGCCGAGGUACAGGAGGACGAGCCCUUCGGCCUGUGUUCCCUGGUUUCUGUCUCCGAAGCGUCUGCCCCACCUUCUCCUUGAAGCGCCGAUUCUGUUGCUUGAUCUUGGCCAGUUCUGCCUUGCGCUUGGCCUCCAGGUCUGGGUCCUGAGGAAGGGAGCAAGGCUGGCUGAGAUACUGAGACCCCAGCAGGGCAGCUUCCCAGCGACCAGCUCCAUCCCUAAGCCCAGCCCACCCAUACUGGCCACACCCCUUCUUAGCCCUGCCCCUUGGUUCACCUUCCCCUCCAUGAUCAGCUGCUUCCGCUUAUUGAUCUCCUUCUUUUCAUCAAAAUGCGAGGCCUCCAGUUUCUACGGAGAGGGCACAGGUCAGGGCAGGCCCACAGGGCAGGGGGCCCCGCUCUCCAACCUGGUGACCACACUCACGAUCUCGCACUCUCUGCGCACCACGUUGACCUGCGUGAGGAUUUUCAGGACCUCGGCCUCCUCCACAGCCAGCUCCUCCAGCUGCUUCUCUGCAGAGAUGCCAGGAGAUAGGCAACACUGAGCUGGGCUGACCGCAAUUGGCCCUCUGAGCCCCGAUUCCAGAUGUCUGGACUGAUGACAUU